GUUUGGAAGAUAAUUGAUCGCAGCAUGAAAGAAAAUCGCAAUUUCGGUGUUAAGCCCCACAGCAUGCCGCAUGUUACUGAGAGGCGCAGUGAUUUUCCUUCAUAAACGAAAAACUUUGAACAGUACAAUAAUUCACCCUUUCCGUCUGGAGCUGAGAAUAACGUUUGGAGAAGAUUUGUCAUAUAAUUCUUUGGAGCAGACGAGAGAGGGAUCACCUGGGCCGAAUUGAGAAACCUUAAAACAUUUUUUCGUACCGCUCAAUGCAAUGGCUAAAGAAACGUUGACAGUCAAUCAAUAGUAUGAAGGAAAGAUUUUGCGAAUUUUAUGGGCAGUUUUUCCCCUCCAUAUCUGAUGCUGAAGAGCUUUACACGUCUUACCUCGCCAACUGUGUCUUCAACCAUUUUCUUUCCUUUACUGCCAUCGUGUUGAACGUAGUAACUAUCUACGUAAUACGAAAAACUUCGUCUUUACCAAAGACUUUGAAAAUAUUGCUUACGAGUCUUGCCGUUUCUGACGUUGGUGUUGGUUUACUGGUUCAGCCAUUUUACACGUCACUUCUGGUCAGAUUGUUACGACAAAUAAAUCUAACCUGUAUUGAACAUAAAAUUUAUUCCUUAAGUGCAAAUGUUUUCUGUACGCUUUCGUUGUUAAAUGUUCUGGCUGUAAGCGUGGACAGGUUCUUAGCGGUUCAUUUUCAUCUCAGAUACCAAGAACUUGUAACUCACAGGCGCAUCAUUCUGGUGGUCAUAUCAAUUUGGGUUUUUUCCCUGGUUCGUUCUUUCGCCACGUUGUGGCUUUCAAACUAUGUGAAUUUUUUUAUCUCCAUCCUUCUAAAUGCUGGCGGUGUCAUUUUAACUUCAACUAUCUACUGGCGACUUUAUUUAACGGUGAGACGCCACAAGAAUCAGAUUCACGGCAUGCAACAAUCAGAACAGACUGAGGAGAUGUUUCAUAUUUCGAAUAUCCUUAAAACUGCAGUCAGCGUAUUCUACGUGUGUCUUGUGUUUCUGCUUUGUUAUCUGCCUAUUGGUAUCUGCCAGUCUGCAGUGACAUUAUAUGGUUCGAAUCACACCUUGAUCAAAUUCUAUCAUUAUUCGAUGACUUUGGUAUUUCUGAAUUCAUCCCUGAAUCCUGUAAUUUACUGCUGGAAGAUGAGAGACAUUAGACACACCGUUUUGAAUAUAUUGCGGCGUGCGUCGUUGAACAAAAAUCGCACCUCUCGCUAAUUCUUGUAUCUUCUUAGGUUUUACCGUAACUUCCCAUGAUGAAUGUUUAUGUUCAGACCCUAUGGGGCUAUGUGAGAAAAACUGUUUUAUCAAAUCGUAGUAGUGAGGUGACACAACUUAUUUUCAAUUUCACUUAUCACCUGAGCAAGUUUUAAGCAUUGUCUUGAAGGAGAUAAAUUUUCAUCAAUGUAUCAGUACACUAAAAUAAAUUCUUGCGCAAUUUUUUUGGGUGAAAGUAUUUUCUUUGCUUACCAAACGCAGAAAAUCUGAUCUGUAGUCCGCGAGCAGGCCCUAAUUUAAUUAUUAGCGCUUCGGUUCAGGCUUUUCUUCGCCCGAACAAGGCUGGCCGGGAGAGAUCUGCAAGUGGUCUGGCGCCUCGUCAUUAAUGGCUGGACCCCUGACAACCUCUCUCCGACUUGUUUCAAAUCUUCCCACGAGCUAAGAAAUGCGUGUCCUGCAGGGAUAAUUUAUUAAUAAUAAGGGCCCGGUCGCAGGCUAUAUGAACUGAUUAGGAAGAAGAAUGUAUCUGGAACGUUUUUGCCUCGUAUCUUGAAGGGAGAGAAAUAUUUUUUUAAUUUCAUUUAUGACCAAAAAGGUUGUGUCCUCGUGUACUGGUACACAAAGGAACGAAAUAUUAACGAACUGCGUCACAACUCCAUGUAUGGAUAUGAAAACAAUAGGAACUCCCCCGUGUACCGGUACACCAG